AUGGGACGGACGGACGGAGAGUGUAAUGGUGGGAAAGGACAGGCAGACGCAUGCGCACAAAAAGUGGGCGAAUGCGAUCAGCCAGUGGUUGGUGGGGCUCAAGACUGCCUGCACAGCGCCCGACGCGACAGGUCAGCAAUCAAACUGGGCCGCGAGAUCACAGUCACUUAUAAAACAAUCAUCAUCACUCACGUCUUUCCACCACUUCCACACUCGUGUCCGCCUCGUGUGCCCGUCGUCAAUAAAACCACACACACAACACCAAGUUGCCAUGGUUUGGGCGGAUUUUUUGCCUCUUCUGAGUGCCGAUUAAAACGGUGA